AUGUCUGCAAGAGAACCUAACGCUAAUCAAUCAUCAAAAUCUUCCAAACAUUCAAUAUCACGGAAAGCUUUUUUUGAAUGCUUAGAUAAUAUAAAAAAAGAGAUUUUAGACGGAAUUCAUUAUCAAAAUCAAUGUCUCGAGCGCGAAUUCGCUAUUUUAAUAGAAGAUUUUAAACGUGAUUUCAUUCGAAAAUUAAAACAAGACGAAGAAGCGAUCAGAGCCGAAUUCUUAAAUCAAAAUAAAGAAUCCAACGAUUACAAGGAAAUUGAUAAUUCUUUUAUUUCCAAUUCAAAUCAACUACGACCAAACUUAUACCAAUAUGAUUAUGACACCUCAAACGAUAUCGAUUACAAGGAAAUUCAUAAUUAUUUUAAUACCUAUUCAAAUCAACUACAACCAAUUUUAUCCGAAUAUGAUCCUGAACAAUAUUCAUUUAAACCAAAUUAUUGCCAAUAUUUCAAGAAAUCUUUUUCAUGCAUCUUCCCUCAUUCAAAAUAUUAA